AUGUUGUCUCUCAAAAUGACUGAGAUGUGGACAACUAUUGGGUCAACCUUAGCAAGCUUCAUGUUCAUUUGGGCUAUCAUAAGACAAUACUGUCCUUACCAGCUCCUACGUUUCUUCGAAAAAUACAGCCAUAGAAUCAUGGACUACUUCUACCCUUACAUACGAAUCUCAUUCCAUGAAUUCUUAGGUGACAGACUCAAAAGAAGUGAUGCCUAUGGAGCUGUUGAAGCUUAUCUCAGUGCCAACACAUCCAAGAGUGCAAAGAGGCUCAAAGCUGAGAUAGGAAAAGACAGCACAAACCUGGUUUUAACAAUGGAUGAAUAUGAAAGAGUAACCGAUGAUUACAACGGCGUAAAAGUCUAUUGGGUUUGCAGCAAAGUCAUGGCAGCUUCAAGAUCCAUGCCUUAUUAUCAAGAGCAAGAGAAGAGAUUCUACAAGCUCACUUUUCAUAAGAAGUAUAGAGACACAAUAACAGGUUCUUAUUUGGAUCAUGUGAUGAAAGAAGGGAAAGAGAUUCGUCUGAGGAAUCGACAGAGGAAAUUGUACACAAAUAGUCCUGGUUAUAAAUGGCCUAGCUAUAAGCAAACUAUGUGGAGUCACAUUGUUUUUGAACACCCUGCAACUUUUGAAACAAUGGCUAUGGAGCCAGAGAAAAAGAAAGAGAUCAUUGAAGAUUUGGUUACUUUUAGCAAAAGUAAAGAUUUUUAUGCUAGGAUUGGUAAAGCUUGGAAAAGGGGUUACUUGCUUUUUGGUCCUCCAGGUACUGGUAAAUCAACAAUGAUUGCUGCUAUGGCAAAUUUGUUGGGCUAUGAUGUAUAUGAUUUGGAGUUAACAGCAGUGAAAGACAACACUGAAUUAAGGAAGCUUUUGAUUGAAACAACAAGUAAGUCAAUAAUUGUUAUAGAAGACAUAGAUUGUUCACUUGAUCUAACAGGUCAGAGGAAGAAAAAAGGCGAAAGUAAGUUUUUUUCUGAUGAUGAGAAUGAUAACAAGGGGAAUUUCGAUGCGGCGAGGAAGGAGGUGAAGGAAGAAGGAAGUGGAGGUGGGAAUAGCAAGGUUACACUUUCAGGGCUAUUGAAUUUCAUUGAUGGGAUAUGGUCAGCUUGUGGAGGAGAAAGGUUGAUAGUUUUCACUACAAAUUAUGUGGAGAAGCUUGAUCCUGCACUUAUAAGGAGGGGUAGAAUGGACAAACAUAUAGAACUUUCUUAUUGUAGUUUUAAUGGUUUUAAAGUGCUUGCUAAUAACUACUUAAGAGUUGAGAAACAUGCAUUGUUUGAGAGUGUUGAGAGGCUAAUUGGUGAAGUGAAGAUUACACCUGCUGAUGUUGCUGAGAAUCUUAUGCCUAAGUCACCAAUGGAUGAUGCUGAUAAGUGUCUUUUGAAUUUGAUUGAGGCUCUUGAGGAAGUGAGAGGGAGGAGGGGUUUAGUUAAAGAAAAUGGUGAGUUUGUUGAUGAUGAUGAGAAAGAGAUUGAUCAAGAAAUGAACCAAAAUUGUUUGUCAUAA